AUGGCGACUCCCAUGCAUUGCCUCAUAGCACAGAGACGAGCUGAAGCAAACAAGCAACAUGUAAGGUGUCAGAAAUGCUUGGAAUUUGGACAUUGGAUUUAUGAAUGCGCUGGGAAAAGAAAAUACCUACGUAGGCCCUCAAGAACAGGCGAACUAGAGAAAGCUUUAAAACAAAAAGAAAGCAAUAUUAUUACAGCAAUGGUUGAGGACUACAAGAGUGAGGAGAACAUUGGAGAAACUAAUGUAGAAAGAAAAACCAAAAAGGAAAGGGCCAAGAGCGUAAAGAGUUCCAGUAGAGACAGCAGCAACAGCUUAGCCAGCGACUCUUCCUCAGAGAGUGAAGACUCAUCUAUCUCUUCCUCCUCAGAGGACAGCGAUUCCUCCAGCCUCUCCAGCUCCUUGUCUCCUCCACAACCCCUUUCUUUCCUCCGACUCAGACUCGAGCUCUGCCAGCAGCAGCACAUAGAGCAGCUCUGA